UGUUGAUCUAAAGUCGGGAGGAGGAGCAGAAAGAAAACAAAGCAGCGCUGCGCUCGAGCUGUGCGUGUGUGUUUGGUGUCAUGGGUCGCAUCUUCCUUGAUCAUAUUGGCGGGACACGCCUCUUUUCCUGUGCCAACUGUGAUACCAUCCUGACCAACCGCUCGGAGCUCAUCUCCACACGCUUCACGGGUGCCACCGGCCGAGCGUUCCUCUUCAACAAGGUGGUGAAUCUGCAGUACAGUGAUGUUCAGGAUCGUGUGAUGUUGACGGGCAGACACAUGGUUCGUGAUGUCAGCUGUAAGAACUGCAACAGUAAGCUGGGCUGGAUCUACGAGUUCGCCACCGAGGACAGUCAGCGCUAUAAAGAGGGCCGUGUGAUCCUGGAGAGGGCGCUCGUGAGGGAGAGCGAGGGCUUCGAGGAGCAUGUCCCGUCUGACGCGUCCUGAGACGUCUCACCUUCGGUCACAUGUUCAUCUCCAUCUCUCCUCCACAAACACAAGAACUCUAUAGAUGAAUCACGAGACUCAUGAUCCGAACGAUAUGAAGAUUCAUGACAUCACAAUCUCUCAUUCUAUUGUUACAUCAUCAUCAUCAUCACUAAUAACAGUUCAUUCUCUCAUCAUUUACUCAUAUGCGUCUCAUGAAGACAUUUGAAUGGAGAUAUGAUGUUUAUAAUCAUGCAAUGCAAGUCAAUAAGCUCUAAAAAGCACAUAAAUGCAGCAUAGAAGUAAUCCAUAUGACUCCAGUGGUUUAAUCCAUGUCAAAACAUGGUCACACGUAGGAGACUAGAUGUUACAAAGACAUGUAGAGUGACACUGUAUGUCUGUUUCUCACCCAAAACUGAUCGAAUCUCUUCUGAAGACAUGUAUUAAACCAGUGGAGUCUUAUGGAUUACUUUCAUGCUGCAUUUAUGUGCUUUUUAGAGGGCUUUUAAAGUCCUGUCUGAUGAACAGGGUUUGUGUUGUGUAUGUGUCCUGACAUGAGAGGAGCACACGCACACGUCAAGCCUGAAUAAUGAUCUGUUCUUCAUCACACAAACUCCCAAUUUCUGCUGAUGUAAAGGUCUGUUCACUCCUCACCGUUGUGUCACAUGAUCAUGACAGUGUUCAGUGUUGUGUUGCUGACGUUCCUCUUGAAUUAUCUGAACUGUAAAAGCACAACAGCAAGAUUCAUGUGUUCCCAAUAAAGCGUCCUGCAUAUAUCUGAGAUCUCAUCGUGACGGAGACUUGCUGUGAGAUCUGAUAUUCUAAAGGUCUGUUACUACAGCAAGACGUUACAUUGAUGAUCUGUCUGAAGGGUUAUAGAGAAUGAUCACUCUGCCUCUGUCCGGUGUGUUGAGACGACUCGUGUCACUGUUGAGUGCACUUUACUUAAACUAACGGUAUUAAAGAACAUCUGAGACCGGCAGCUUUACACUUCAGGUGACUCAACAGUUUCAGCUUACACACAUACACUGGAAAGAAAAACUCAUUUCUGCUGAUCUGCACAUGAUGCACACAUGCACAAGAACAAUGCUGGUGUAGUUUGAAACCAUUUCCUGGUGUUGAUGGUCCCAGUGUGUGUUCAGAUCGUCCUGUGGGGUUUGAGUUUCCACUGAUCACACCGACUGCAACAACAAACAACAGAUGAGACACUGUGAUACAGAAGAAAUGCAUCAACGCCACAUUUCCAUAGAAACGCUCGUUUAUAAUAUACAGAA